UGUGUCAAUUACUUUACAGAAAAAUGUCAGUUACAUUUUGCAAUCACAAAAUUAGAUACAAAAAAUUACCUAACCGUUGUUCUGAAGAUAAUCUUUCGGAAAGCAGUUUCUUAAGCGAAAGAUUUUGUUACGAAGUUUUAGGAAAACCCUGUGUCGAUUUAAAAAAAAAAUCCAGUUUUCCUCGAACGUUAUCCAAUAGGUCGAAUUUUAACAAAAAUUUUAAAAUUCCAAAACAAAAUUUUGCAGUGUACAACUUGAUGGAAGAAUCAAACUUUCGACGAAUGGACAAAUCUAAUCAAAAUAUCGAUGUUGAAUCGGAAAAAAUCAUGGAGGGUAGUUUCGAUUCACGAAUUUCUGAUGUUAAGAAAGAAAAUUCUAAAAUGAAUUCAAUAUACGAAUCGGCUGAAUAUAUCGUUGCCGAAGAUGAUCGGUCGACAUCGAGACGAAGCGAAUCGAUCAAAAAUGGCAGUGAUCGUGAAAAACAAUCGAUUGAAUCUAUUAAAAAUAUCACGGAUCGUGAACAACUUUCGAUUGAAUCGAUUAAAAAUGUCACGGAUCGUGAAAAACAAUCCAUUGAAUCGAUUAAAAAUGGCAUGGACCGUGAAAAACGUUCGAUUGAAUCGAACAUGAACGAACGAUUAUCUUCUACUGUGUCAAAGGACUUAUCGUAUCCUCGUUCUUCCUUUAAGCCGAAUGCAGUUGACGAAUUGGGAAGGUUAAGUAACGAACCCUCACCCCAUAUAAAUGAGAAGAAAUGGAAUAAGAGGUAUUCAAAAGAGGGGGAGAUUUCUAAUAGAGACUUCUCUCCUUGCUACUGCAACACCGAUUCCCAAACUAGUUAUCCCUCCAUUUUGAAACAAAAUCGUCGUUCCGCGACAUCGAACAUAGACAAAUACCCCGUCAAAGAGAGUAGAUGGAGCGCGUCGAAACAAAGAUAUGUAGACGCAGUUCAACAAACUUCGGAUAAUCGAUUCGUUUCGAAUACCAAUACGAAAGAAUCGAUUACCGUUCCUCUUGUCGAUAACAGCGUUAAUACGAUUAAUACCGAAACCGCCAGUGUUCAAAUCACAGAACUAAAUUCGAGUAAAGUGCAAACUACGGAUAGUUCGACUACGCCAGAUGAUGAAGUUUGCUUCAGACCGAUACAAAAAUUAUGUCAUUGUCAAGAGAAUCGAAAUGAUUGUUUGCACUAUCAUAAAAGAGAUCAAAAUCGUUUUUCCGCUUCGGAUCGUGUCGUUAAUAUAGAAACGAACGUCACCGUACCUCCAAUAAUGAGUCACGUUUUCCGAAAACCUCAGACGAAGCACAAUUCCUACACUUUACCUUCCGAAACUCGCGGAUAUAUACAGGGUGAUACGCGGAAUAUUAGAAACAGUUAUACAGCCGGUAUGCCGAUUCAAACGGAUACUUCAGAUUUGAUUGGUUAUUCAGAAGAUGACGUAUCCGAUGAUUACCGGUCGGAAAAUGGGGACGUCGAUCGAUAUCGAUGGUAUACUAGGAAUAAUACCGAGUGUCCCAAAUAUUUCGUCAAUGACGAUGAAAAAUAUGGCGCGCCCUAUGAAGGAUGUCGAUGUUGCCAAAAUAGAAAAAAAACCGUUCCAAUUACGUCGAGAACGUCCAGAUAUUACCGCCCACGCCCGCCUCCCAUAGAUUACGAUUUAACGAGCUCCGAGGAGGAUUUUUAUCUCGAUCUCGACGAUAAUAGUGACGAUAAUUAUUUCGAUUAUCACGAAAAUAGACCUACAAGACAUAGAGGUUUACCUUAUCAAACCAACGACCAGUACAUGGAUUUGGUACAGGAGCUCGAAGAAACCCUACAAACGAGAAAUAAAACGAGAGUACAAAGGGCCCGAAACGAAUUCGAAUAUAAAAGCAGAUUGAACGAACCUUUGGAAAAACCGAUAAUCGAUUACGAAGAACCGAGCGAUAGCGAGGAAACUCUCAUUAAAAAAAUUUCGGAAUUAGCCGAAAAGAGGAGAAUCGAUCAUAAUCGAUUUCCUUGUAAAGGAAAAGCGUGUUGCAAUUGCGUGUUGAAAAAUGACGUUAAAUAUGCGCGUUCUUCUUCUAAACCUACGGUCAAACCGCCGAAAAAGAAGAAGAAACAGUGGGUGUUGAAUAAUAAAACGGGAGAAUGGUAUAAAGCGCCAUCUGGCGAUUCGAUUAUGAACAAAAGGGAAUCUUUGAACAAGAAUCACGAAUGCGGGUGUAAUUGUAAAUGUGGUAGACUCAAAUAAACGUAAAAUCUUUU